AUGAUAAUUUAUCUGCUUUCUAAAUUUGUGUUACUGGCCGCAAUACCGAUAGCAGCUUUAUGCGCUAAGAACAAAGUGCUCCAUUUGGGAGGCUUUAUACCAAUGGAUGUUUCUUUGUCAGGUGGUUGGUCAGCUAGUGGUAUCUUACCUGCCCUACAAAUGGGAUUUUUCGACAUUAAUCAGCGCCGAGAUAUUUUGCCUGAUUACCAAUUAAACGCCACUUGGGGUGAUACUCACUGUCUGGCUGGUGCUGCUACUAAAUUAUUCGUUAAAACUAUAACAAAUCCUGUCACCAAAAUUCUUCUCGUUGGCGAUGGCUGUUCAAGCUCAACUCAACCGAUUGCAGAAGUUAUACCAUUCUAUAACUUGGUUAUGAUAUCAUAUAGUGCGGGCUCACCAUCUCUAAGUGAUCGCAAACGCUAUAAAACAUUAUUUAGAAUGACGCCAUCUGAUUUCAACUAUAAUCGUCCGCGUGUAGCCAUUAUGAAAUAUUUUAAUUGGUCUCGAAUUGCAACGAUUUAUCAGAGCGAAAGAUCCAAUACAUUUUCCUUAACAGCAGAAAAUGUUAUCAAUAUUAUUAAAACACAAAUCAAAAACUACGAAAUCGUCACAACCGAAAGUGUCCGACGUGAUCCGAAGAUUCAAAUUGAAAACCUACAGAGAAAAGACGCAAGAAUUAUAGUUUUGGACAUGUUUGCCUCGGAAGCUAGACUGACGUUUUGUUGGGCUAUUCGACUUAAUUUUACUGGUAAAAAUACUCAACGGGUUUGGUUUAUAUCGGGAUUUUAUGCUGAUUACUGGUGGAAAAUUAAUGAUACAGAUUGUACAGUUCAAGAAUUGGAAAAAGCUUUAGAAGGAGUUAUUAUAACAGAUAUUAUUAAUGUAAGGACUGAUGAAAUACAAACAAUCUCGGGCAUGACUGUCCAAGAUUAUCAAGAACGACUUAAAUUAUGGCCUACGUAUAAAAGUUAUCAUUAUAAUCGAUACCAUCCUUAUGGUUAUGACACCACAUGGGCUAUUGCACUGGCUCUUAAUAGAACAGCGACAAAAUUAGCUAAUUGGCCAAAAGCAGACAAUCUAACAUUGGAAAAUUUUACUUAUCGUCAUGGAAAGUUAAUAAAAGAUAUCAUUAUGGAAUCAUUUUAUGAAUUGAACUUCGAGGGCGUCACCGGAUCGGUGAGAUUUACGGAUACUGGCGAUCGGGCAGGAACUGUGAUUAUUCAGCAAUGGAGAAAUGGGUCAAAAAUCCCUGUUGCUAUUUACGAUAAUAGCAAAAAUACUUUACGGUGGAUUGAUGAAUUUCAAUGGAAAGGCGAUGUGAUACCUAGUGAUGGCUCAAAUAGAAUUCUUAUAGUGAACUAUAAGCAAAUUCCAUCUACUAGUACAAUAGCAAUAGUCGUUAUAUCAGCAAUCGGAAUUGCUAUAAGUUUUGCUUUUGCACUAUGGAACCAUAAAUAUCGCAAAGCUCCCCUAUUUGAAAUGAAUAAAAAUUUAAUCAAGACCGGCGUCACUGGUAGAAUAUUAUGCGAGAUGUGGAAAUGGUUUAUACCAUUAGGCUUUACUACAGCUUAUACCGCAUUGAUUUCCAAAACUUUCAGGAUUUAUAUCGUCUAUACCAGUGUUCAAUCAAAACCAAGACGCAAGAAAUUGCUGGAUAGGAGUUUAAUUAAAUUGAUUAUGAUCUUGCUUUUAAUCGAUGUAAUUUACCUUGGCUUAUGGUCUAUUCUUGAGCCUCUUCAGCUUCAAGAAAAAACUGUUAAGAUCGAAGUUACUCAUGUCGAUAAUGCUGAUGUAAGACAAGAGACUAAAGAUUUUAAAUGUCAUUCAAAAAACUUAACUUACUGGAUACUGAUCCUAUCUACUGAAAAAGCAUUACUAUUAAUCAUUGGCAUGUUGUUAGCCUAUUCAACGCGCAAUGUCGAAGUGAAAGAAUUAAACGAUUCUAAAUUAUUAACUGUAAUUAAUUAUAAUUUUAUGAUGGCCUUAAUUAUCACUGGCCCUUUAAGAUCAGUUCUAAGCGCUAUGCCAGGCGAAACUUAUUUUCUCUUAGAUACAAUCUUUAUUUGGUUUAGCGUAACCAUCAUGUUAUCGCUAUUAUUUUUUACACAAUUUUAUCGAAUGAUGAGAAGAUUCGGUAAAAUUAGUGAAAGUGCGUUGCCAGGAACUCGGUCAAUAAGCCAUGCUCUGGAUUAA